CUUUAGAUAACGAGUUUGUUAUUAUCCUACUCAGCUCAAAGCUGAAAGCUUUCUCUCUCUGAAAAAUGUCGACCGUCUUCUUCUCCGUUUCGAAUUUCAUCUUCUUCUCAAAUCCAAACUACUCUGUUCGCUAUUCAAUUUCUCCUAAAGCGACGCCGUUUCGGCUCGUUCGGUCUCCGAGAAGGCUCGCGACUCCGGUGUUUUCGAAGUCGUCGGAGGCGGAGGAGGUCUCGGCGGCGCCGGAGGACGAGUGGCUGAAGAGGCUACCGGACAAGAAGAAGCCUUUGUACUCUCACAGUCUUCCUUGCAUUGAGGCCUGGCUGAGAAGCUUGGGGUUUUUCCAGAGCAGAGAGGACCGGGCGGUUUGGCUGAUCGAAAAGCCCGAGUGGCAUGCCCAGCUCUCUCUCGACGUUACCGAUCUCUAUGUCAGGUAUCUAAAGACCGGACCUGGAAAUCUUGAAAAGGAUAUGGAGAGGAGGUUUAGCUAUGCACUGAGCAGAGAGGACAUCGAAAAUGCAGUGCUUGGAGGUCCCUGAUAACAAGAAAUAGUAUUCUUUCUGGUAUUUGUUUUGCUUCUGAAGGCACUAAUUAACCUCAUUGGUUACUCCGUUAUUGUACUUGUGUGAAAGUUACUUUCUAAUCCUGUGAAAGUGCCCAUCAGCUUAUUAAUUAUAGAAUAUGUUUUUGGGUGAAAAGGGAUACUUGAACAUUGUCCUUUUAGAAGGCAGCUUUUUUAGGAAUAUGAUCUUUCUAUUUGUGCUA